GGAUUAGAGCGGCGAUAGUCCCCGGUGUCCACAGCGUUGGUCCAAACACAGGGUGACCGAAGGAGACUGGUACAGGACAGGCUCUCUUUUUCACCUGUUUGUCUUCUCCCGGUCUGCCAGCGUCCCUCCGAGCUCUUUUCCCAACCUCUACCCGGCAAGAAUGUCUCAGUCCGACACAGAGACACCAGAGGACGGACUUUACGGUUCAUGGGUUGAGCUGGAGGAGCUGAUUGCAGCUGUGAGCCGAAGGGAAAGUUUGACAGGACCUCAGGACAGCAUCUCCUCUGCCUUGCAGGGGGAGCUAGAGAGAAUCCUCCUUGAGGCGCAGCUGGAGUGUGAGAGGAGUAGAGACAGUCCUCCACAGGUGGUAACGCCACGAUCCACUAGUUCUCCAACUAGACCCACUAGUGAGCAGGACAGUGACUGUGUCCCUAUACAGGAGGAAGCAGAGCGGCGGGUGGACACAGACUGGGUGUGGGAUUGGUCCAGUAGACCUGAAAAUAUGCCACCAAAAGAGUUUGUGUUCCAGCACCCGAAACAACCAGGCUCCCUCAGUGUUAGGAAGACAGAGGUGAUGAAGAGAGGAAUUUUCUCCUCCGACAUUCUCCUCAUCCUCGUUCCCUCCCUGCUGGCUUCGCAUCUGCUCACACUCGGAGUCGGUAUCUACAUCGGGAAACGUCUGGCCACAUCCUCAGCUAGCACACUGUGACGUUGGCUGUAAGAUCAUGUUACCGUUCAGUCUGUUCAGUUACAGUCUGGUCAAUAAGGUCACAGUCCGCCCUUUCUCCCGCACUAAUUUGCCUCGUUCCUUUGUCACGGGGCAAAUGUAAGACCUGCCUCUAUGUACCUCUAUCCAGCAGCACGCUCUCUCUCUGUUUUUAUCAGCAUGUUUUUUUGUCUAUAUGUACAUGUGGUGGGGCCCAAGGAGCGGAAGGAUGCUGACCAAUGAGUCAGACUGCGACCACUAUUACACUCCAGCAGUGUAACACUGAUCUCAACCCCGUAAAACAGAAUCAGAGGAAAGGGAUCGCCAAGACACAAGAGGAGAGAGCAGGGGAACAAUGCAUCCUUUUGAUCAGGGGAGAUGAAAAUGGUUUGAUGGGAACAGUGUUCUGAUGAAAUGAGGUAGAUAAUACGUGCUAGCUAUUCUCCCAGUCCAGUUAGAGAUGUCUGUCAUUUGUCAAAAGUAAUGACCCUCUGUAUGCCUGAGCUGCUUAAAAGGGGUCCUUGCUUGUUUUCUUUGUCCGUCCUAAUGUUGAGUCUAACAUAGAGACUUUUAGUUGGCUGAGUGAAUGUAGAAAUGGUUCUGAUUGUGCUUUUUGUUCCAGAAAGCAAUUAAAUAUGUUUGACUUAUGACAAAGACAGUCACGAUCCCAUUAAACUUCACUCCUUUAAACCUUAA